AUGCAGCGCUCUGAUUGUUGCUUUGCGACACCACAACUUUCAUUUGAAAACCACCUUGUUUCUGAUAAUGUCUCCUUUCGUCGGAGACUAAGCAAAAAAGGCAGCUCCGGAAAGUCGAAGUCUGUUAAUUUCUCUGAUGUGACCACUUAUUCAUUUGAGCGUCAACAAGGCUCUUCGUCCAUCCCUGAUACAGGCUGGUGCACAAUUGGCAUGGCACAAAAACACUUCGGUGUAUCUCGGUUAGAUCUUCAUCAAUAUAGACUACUUCGAAGGCUUCGUCGAAAGCAACGAGGGUUGAACGCACUCAAGGACGAAACAGGAGUAAACACAUCAAAUCGUGGGCGUGGGAGAGGUAGAAUGAGGGGUCGGGCGAAGCGUGUAAAUAACAACUGUCGUAGUCCUGGAGAUUCAUGUCGUGUGCCCAACUUCUCACCUCCUCCGCUCUCCCCUCAAGUGGGCAGUGACAAUCCACUUUUCACGGAGACGUUAACAGAUGGUGUUUAUGCUACUCCACCACCUCCAUAUUUAACCCCUCCUUCACCAAGAAGACUAGUUUACUGUUUGGAUGAUCCUUCACUAUGUACCAGUGUUUUUAAUUCACUUGAUCUAAUGGAUACUGACUCUGAAGCUUCCCUCGACCACGCUCCUCCACUUAGUUCACCAGGACGCAAAAAAAGCAGUAGGCAGAAAUUAAUGCCACUAAAUUCUGCUGAAAGGAUAAGGCUUUUAAGAUCAUCAGGUAUCACAAAAAUCGAUGGGUCGGAACGCCUCGUUUGCUCUUUUAUACGGACAAUGCGCUCACGUGUUGGCUGUAAUUGUGGUCCAACAGAUUCAUGUAAACCCGGUCGGUGUUCAUGUGCAGAUGAAGGAAUUCCUUGCCAGGUUGAUCGAGAAUCUUUCCCUUGCACUUGUGCAGCAACUGGAUGCUGUAACCCAAGUGGUCGUAAUGAGUUUUCUCGUGAACAAGUUCGUGCACACGCUGAACAUGUAUUGGCACGAGUGUCUAGUAAAUCACCUAUCAAGCCUGUUAAAUCGCCUCGAAAUGUGUCAGGUGGUGUAAUGUCAGCUAAUUUAGAUCUCAGUACAUCGAAUGGGGCUUGUACACUGUGUUCAUUAGAUAGUUCAAAAACAAUAUUAUCAUCAAGUACUCCAUUGUCUAGUUUUACCGGUAAUAAUAUGCAUCAGAAACCGGUGCACAAUUCCAAUUCGCCAACAAACAACAGUCAAUGGUUAUUAAAUCGUAGUAAUAUUAGAAUUAGUAGUAGUAGUAAAAAUAUAUCUCCUAUACCUGUGGUUAACAAUAAUAAUAAUAAUGAUGUUGAUAAUGAUAAUGAAAUAGGCUGGUUGCAUCAAUGUUCAGAACCUAUCAGAACACCUGGAAAAAAGAAUCGUAGUGUAGCUUUGAAUUCCAUUGAAACCACCAUCCCGAUCACUGCUGCUGGAGAUUGUUUGCAACAGAAUUCUUCUAAUCCACCUGCCAAUUUUACUCCUGAUCACAAAAAGAAUUCUAGAAUUGUGAUAGAUUUGACUCUGUCUCCAUCAGAUGGUGAUGACGAUGAUAGUGGUGGUGGUGGUGGCGGCGAUAAGUUACGCAAAAGUCCAAAAUCUAAACGUGACCGGAGUCGACCUGCAGUUCACAGACAAACUCCUCUAAUUAAAUCGACAAAAUCUUCACCGUGCGAAGAUAAAUAUUCAAAAAGUCAUAAAACAAAACAAUCUUCUUUAUCAGUGCUUCACACUUCUUCUGUUAUCGACUCAUUUUCUGAUAUGCCAAUAAUAACAGCACAGGAUUAUAAUAAUGAUGUUGACGAUGAAUCCCCUUCGGGUUGUCGAAAUUCUCCUCUGCUAAAAUUCGCUCAACGGCGAAGAUCACGCUCAGAAGAGCCAUCUAGGGAACUGCGUAACUGUGAUAUUACCCCUGUAAAAAUGAUUAGCAAUUAUUGUGAAAAUGUUAAUAAUAAUGAUGAUAAUAGCAUUAUUGAUUGUGUUGCGUCACCAGAUUCAUCAUUUGUGAAUAACAACAAUAGGAUGAUGAACAGAUGUACGACAAAUGAUGCUGAUGAUGGUGAUGACGGUAGUAUUACUCAAUCUCCUGGCGCCUCCAACACAGAUUUACGCUGGUCUUCAGCAGGAAAUAAGAAUAAAUAUGGUAUGAUUACAAAAUCAGCACCAAACAGUCCUUAUACACCAAAUCCCAUUAAGGAUAAUUGUUCAUUCGGUAGAAUAUCUUUACGUCGUCGAGCUAUUCUACGCCUUCCAGUAACACCGUCUAAACGUGCAGCAGGACAAUCGAAUCGUCAACGUAGUGCUGCCAAUUCACCAGCAUCGCGUAAUCCACUCCAAUCUACUCCAAGUGGUUCAAAUUCUCCAACUGUUGCAAAAUCCUCCUCCUCCUCCGCCGCCGCCUCAUCAUCGUCAUCACUAUGCAAAAAUAAUUCAAUGUCGUCAACUAAACAAUCUUUUAUUGAUCAUAAUCAUAAUAACAAUAACCAUGGUAAUUCGGUGAUUGACAACAAUUCAAAUUGA